AUGUCAGAGCUUCGCCGCAAGUUGGUGGGGCUCCAGCUUGAAGGGGCAAAUGAGCCUUCUCAUCAUUUGCUCGACCUUUGCGCGGCACAGGCGCUUGAAGCUCUUCGUCGCCGCGGCAUUGCCAUGACCUUUGCCGGCUCGGUGUCUUACCCAGGCAUGGCUCGCAUUACUGUCAGCCAAAUUGUUGCUGCGGACAAGCAAGUCUUUGUGCGGCUCAUUGAAGCUGGCAUCCGACCGAAGCGUGGAGAUGACAAGUCUUUUCCCAUGGAUGCUGCGCUAAUGGCUGCCCUUGAGUCGUAUGAGGUCAGUUUCUUGUUGCUGCAUGGUACCGUAACCAAGCCCCCGAUGCGUCCCCCACCUCGAUUAACUCGUGGAGGCCAGAAGGAUGAUGAUCCCAAGAAGCCUCGAAAGGGGAAUGGCAAAGCCGGGCAAAAAACAGGUGCAGGGGGUCCCAGGGUCCCAAAGGCCAUCAUGGACUUAGGAGGUCAAGCCAUGACCCCCGAUGGGUCACGGGUCUGA